GCCGUCCUUGGGUGCUCAGCAAAGUCGUUGUGCCCCUCGCAGAGUGCUCAGCAGAGCCUGGGGGCCGCGUGCCCUCCCUGCUCCAGGUGCGGGAGGACCGUGCAGAAAGGUGCCCCACGACAGCGGGGCUGGAGCAGCGCGUUGCCCAGGGCGGGGUGCCCGCUGCCUUAACACUGCUUUCUUGAGUUCGGCCCCGCUUCCCAGCUCGCCUCCCCCCGCACCGCCGCAGGAGCAGCUCCUGUGCCAUGCACGGCCCCGAGUGUGGGGCACCCCGGUGGGUGGGGAUGCUCCGGAGGAGCCUGUACAUUGCUAGAAAAAAAAAAAAAAGAAAAAAAAAAAAAAAAAGGAAAAGGAAAAAAAAAGGAAAUGUGAAAAUGAUGAUUGUUUUAAAUAAAAAAUAACUGGAGCCAGCAAGGCUGCGCAACGAGUGGCGGGCAGGGGGUGGAAAUGCCAGCGCGGCCGGACGGGCUGGAGCCGGGCACGGGGUGAGGAGCUGCUCAGUGCCCUGGGCAGGGCGGGGGGUGCAGGGGCACAGGCACGGCGCUGGGGGCAUCGCCCGGAGCCGGUGCGGGGCUGGCGGGGAGGCACGGAGCGCUGCGGGCGCAGCAGCCCCCGGGCAGAGCCGCCCUUUGCCGCUCCGCUGUGGUCGUGGGGCCCCGCGACGGGGCGGCCCCUCUGUGCUGUGGGGCCACGCGUGGGUGGGAGCGGGAGCACCCCGGGGAGGAAUGUGGGUUGGGAGGGGCCGCAGCUCUGGCACGGGCACUUACGGCACAGUCACCGCUGAGCCACCGCCCAGCAUGGACGAGAAGCCCCAGAUCCAGCUCUUCGUCAAGGCGAGCGAGGACGGGGAGAGCGUGGGGCACUGCCCCUUCUGCCAGCGGCUCUUCAUGGUGCUGCUGCUCAAAGGAGCACCCUUCACCCUCACCACCGUGGACACGAAGAGGGCUCUGGAUGUGCUGAAGGACUUUGCGCCCGGCGCUCAGCUGCCCGUUCUGCUCUACAACGGAGACUCCAAGACCGAUACAGUCACCAUCGAGGACUUCCUGGAGGCCAGGCUGGCCCCCCCCACGUUCCCCAGCCUGGUCCCGCGGUACAAGGAGUCAAGGCUGGCUGGAAACGACAUCUUCCACAAGUUCUCCACCUUCAUCAAGAACCCAGUGCCUGCUCAGGAUGAGGCGCUGCAGCGGAACCUGCUGAAGGCCCUGCUGAAGCUGGAUGAGUACCUGAGUACACCCCUGGAGCAUGAGCUGGCCCGAGAGCCUCACCUCCGCAUCUCCCAGCGCCGCUUCCUCGACGGCGACCAGCUCACGUUGGCUGACUGCAACCUGCUGCCCAAGCUCAACAUCGUGCAGAUUGUCUGCCAGCAUUACCGCCGCUUCGGCAUCCCCAAGGACCUGCAGGCGGUGUGGCGCUACCUUAACAACGCUGCUGAAACCAAGGAGUUCAAGUACACCUGUCCCAGCAGUGAGGAGAUCGUGCAGGCCUACCGCUCCGUUGUCCGGUCCCCGCAGUGAGCCGGGCAGACGCCCAGGUGGGCACAGGGCCGGGCACCAGCACAGCACCUGCCUGGUCCUGCUGCUCCCACCGCCAUCCUGCCCACACGCGCUUCAGAGGGCAGAGCAUCAGCACGCAAAUUUCCCCAGCUGGCACCCAAGGUGCCUCACACUGAGCCUGCCAAUGCUUUCUUGCUUCUCGUGUCACCCUCUCUGCCUGGCCAGGACACCCUCUACCCACCCUGCGGUCCCUCAAGCAUUAAGGAUGGGUACAGCCAUGGGCACCGCUUGUAAGAGAACUGGGCAGUGCUGAGGGGAACAUUGGGGGCUGGGGAAGAAAAGCUGCCUGGAGGGCAGUGCACUGCAGUGGGAAUCCCUACAGCCUCCCACCACGCGAGCUGCCCUAGCUGCGGCCAGGACAGCAGGCACUGCAGGGUGUUUGUGAGCAGCAGCACAGGGUGAGGGGAACGGGCACAGCUGUGGCAAAGCCCUGGGAAUGGAGCUGGGGGGGACUCUGCAGCACCCUGCCCUGUCACCACUGCUGUGGCAAGGGGAGCAGAGGGCAACGUCCUGCCAGGACUUGCUGCUAGGAAGCUCUCUGGAGCAGAUUUGGGACAGGGAUGGGGAUGAAAUGGGGAAAGUCCAAGCCAUGCAUCAGAGCACUCGGAAAUCAAUAAAGGCUUUGCAAGUGAGACAGGAGUGUGUCUGGAGUGACCUGCCACUGUAGCUGCCCCCUGCACAUGGCUUGGCUCUGUGGGAGGGUGGAGAGGCUCUCACCAGUCACCUACCCAUCCAUUGGCACAAAACUGGCGAGAAAGUGCAC